GCGAGGGGAGCCACAGCGCUGCGGGCUCACAAAGCGGCCGGACGCGCGGCAGCGGCGGCGGCGGGUGGCAGGAGCUCGGGGAGCGAGCCGGCACCCACCCUUCUUGGCGAGCGCCCCACGGGAGCUCGAACAACUCCGACGCAGGGACCUGGGUCGGGCCCUCAGAUGGCUGCGGUCGCGGCGCUGGCGGCGGCCGCCGCGGCGUGGUGCUUCCUCCAAGUCGACAGCCGGCACCUGGACGCGCUCGCCGGGGGCGCGGGCCCCAACCGCGGCAAUUUCCUGGACAAUGACCAGUGGCUGAGCACCGUCUCCCAGUACGACCGGGACAAGUACUGGAACCGCUUCCGAGACGAUGAUUAUUUCAGAAGCUGGAAUCCCAACAAGCCCUUUGACCAAGCCCUGGACCCAUCCAAGGACCCCUGCCUGAAGGUGAAGUGCAGCCCUCACAAAGUGUGUGUGACCCAGGACUACCAGGCUGCCCUGUGUGUCAGCCGCAAGCACCUGCUCCCCAGGCAAAAGAAAGGGAACGUGGCCCAUAAACACUGGGUUGGACCUUCGAACUUAGUCAAGUGCAAGCCCUGUCCUGUGGCACUGUCACCCAUGGUCUGCGGCUCUGAUGGCCACACAUACACAUCCAAGUGCAAGUUGGAAUUCCACGCUUGCUCUACUGGCAAGAGCCUCACCAUCCUCUGUGAUGGGCCCUGUCCGUGUCUCCCGGAGCCUGAACCACUGAAACACAAGGCAGAAAAGAACACCUGCACAGACAAGGAAUUGAGGAACCUUGCUUCCCGGCUGAAAGACUGGUUUGGAGCCCUUCAUGAGGAUGCCAACAGAGUCAUCAAGCCCACCAUCUCUGACCCUGCCCAAGGCAGGUUUGAUACCAGCAUCCUGCCCAUCUGCAAGGACUCCCUGGGCUGGAUGUUCAACAAGUUGGACAUGAACUACGAUCUCCUGCUUGACCACUCAGAGAUCAAUGCCAUCUACCUGGAUAAGUAUGAGCCCUGUAUCAAGCCUCUCUUCAACUCUUGUGACUCCUUCAAGGAUGGAAAACUCUCUAACAAUGAGUGGUGCUACUGCUUCCAAAAGCCCGGAGGUCUCCCUUGCCAGAAUGAAAUGAACAGAAUUCAGAAGCUGAGCAAGGGGAAAAGCCUGUUGGGGGCAUUCAUACCCCGGUGUAAUGAGGAGGGCUAUUACAAAGCCACACAGUGCCACGGCAGCACGGGGCAGUGCUGGUGUGUGGAUAAAUAUGGGAACGAGCUGGCUGGCACCAGGAAACAGGGCGCUGUAAGCUGUGAAGAGGAGCAGGAGACCUCAGGGGAUUUCGGCAGUGGCGGUGCGGUGGUCCUGCUCGAUGAUCUAGAGGAUGAACGGGAGCUGGAACCAAAGGACAGAGAGGGGAAGCUGCGGGUGCACACCCGGGCCGUGAGGGAGGAUGACGAGGAUGAGGACGACGACAAAGAGGAUGAGGUCGGGUACAUAUGGUAGUGCCCACAAGAAAGAGGACAAGAGUUUUGCACAAAAUUGCGUCACUUCCUAUCCUGCAUUUGUAUCUAAGACUCCAAAGCACCGAGGUCUCUUCUCUGUUGCUCUCUAUACCCGACCUGAGGUUUGGAAGACAACUGCUUGUUCCCAGAACAUUCUGAUUUUGCGUAGGUUUGUGUGGGAGAAAGGGUGUUUUGUUUUGGGUUUGGGGGGACAGGGACAUAGCUGGCUUCAUCAGAGCCUCCUUUUCCCUCCCAUGAGAUUUUUGCAAUGCGCAUGUGAUUUCUGUGGAAUUCUGACAGUGCAGGGAGCCCCCACCCUCUCAAACGUCAAAGACCCUUUUUGAUCACCCACACUGGUGGUUAUUACAGCAUGGUUCCCAGCCUUACAGUGUCUAAGUGCUUUUCUUGUGUCCUGUAGAUGUCGUGAAAAGAAACAACACACUGUACCUUUUCCUCCCUGAACCCACCCUUCCUGGUGUUUAUUAAAAAUUAGUUUUUCACUUCACUGUAUAUGGCUUCCUACAAACAAUAGCCUUAAUUCAGUCAAGAGUCCCUUUAGGGAAUUCAUUUUCUUUAUUGAAAAUUGGUGUCUGGAUGCUUCUCUCUGUACGCACAUUAAAAUGUAUGUAUGUACAGAAGAGAAUGUGGGUGUGUAUAUGCCCUGUACACGCAUCGCUCAGAAAAAUUAAAAACUCAUUUGAGACACAAUUAUAAAUUUGUCAGCUUGUCCAGACCUGGAACAAAAUUUCGGGUAUCAGAAAUUUGCAUCGAAGUCCUUUUUUGCACUACCAGUUGGCACAUCUAGCCUGAGGUUGCAGAGGUUUCUUCUCUUUGCGUCAGCGGAGUUGCUGGAAGCCUCUGUCUGCCUAAAUCGCUUUCCUCGCAGAAGCCAUGCGACUCCCACGUGGGCAGCGUCACAAGCCAUCUCUCUCACUUAUGCUCAGAGCCCCCUCGGGCAGCACAGUCCCACCCGAAACAGGCUCCUUCCCCACCUACUCAAGGGCUUUUUCUAAGGCACACCCACAUACCUUUUCUCUAAGAAGAUAGUACCAAGGUUUUCCUUAAGAGAAGAAAAUUUAAAAUUCUGAAUCAAUGUUUUGCUUUUGCCCCCUUUCUUUCUACAGUUCAUGUUAAGGGCAUGAAAGUUGUAAAGUUAGACGGAUUUUUUUUUUUUUUUAAACAACUGUCGUAGGCAAACAAUCCCAAAUGGAGGCACAGAAAACUUCAUCAUAGCACAUUGAAUCUAGCACUGAGUUCUUAAGAGCUCAUUCUGUGCCCCACAAGUGUGAGGAUACUAACGAAGAAACCCUUUCACCAUUGUUUUUCUUUUCCCUAAAUUCACUGGAGUCUAGAUCAAAGUCAGUAAAUUUACCAUCUCCAUAUUUUUUAGGAUUUCUCUCCCUCUCAAUCAAGCUCUCCCAGAUACAAGUACCAAAAAGUCAUCUUCAAAGUGGCCCUAUUCAGCUCAGUACCACUCCUUUAGCUCCAGCCCCACCUGGUUCCCAUACCUGGAUGCCCUCAUCAGCCACCCAGCAAGGCUCUCUGGUCCACAUUUCUGCCUCUUGCCUUUCCUGUGAGCUUCAGUCUGUCUACAAGACAAACAUACAAACUCAGGCAAGAACUAUGUUCAGCCAAACCAUGAUUACUGAGAGCUGACCAACCUCCUACCCCCAAUUGUUAUUUGAAUGUACCAAGCCACUUUAAAUUAGCAUUUUUCUAGUCCUCACCCUGGCUGGACAAUAGAGUUGGUUUCAGAUGGGAAAUGCACAUACUUGACACAGCGAAGUCCUUUGGCCUGGCACGACAAGUGCAGCCAGGACCCUGAGGUUUUGUACUUACUUUCCCCAGAAAGAGACCUUAGGCAAGCAUCUUGGGAUCUCAACUCCAUCACCUCUGUUUCAAUAUUUUUUUUCACUUGAACGAAACUUUGAUAUCAUAAUUGAGAAAACAGGUGCUUAAUUGUAGCUAAAUUACAAUAAAGUAUAUAAAAAAUCAAGAUGUUAAAAACUCUCAGUUUAGAUCAUCAAAGAAAACCUCUAUUACUAUCUCCUCUGAGCUUGGAAAAAUGCACAAGAGAACAAAUUAAAAUCGACAAAUUGAUUUCACUUAGAAAACCUUCUAGGCACAAGGUGAACUACUGAUUUUAAUUUGCCUAAUUAUCUUAUGACAAGUGUCAAAUUAAGAUGACACUUAAAGAUCCUUAGCAUUAACUUAAUGACGGAGAAGAGUGCUCAGUAGACAAUUCCCAGUAAGGUAAUAGGAUGCCAUUUUCAGAAACAUUCCAAGAAGAUAUUUUGAUUCAUUAAAAUAUUACAUAAAAAGCUCUCCUAAGACUGGAACCCAAAAUCAAUGCAGCAACAUUAACGCUACUUCUAUGCCUCACUUUGGCAUGAUGGCGUUGGGUGUUUAAAAUAGAUUUAGUACUUUUCACAAGUACUAAAAAGUACUAAAAGUACUAAAAGUACUUGUGAAAAGUACUAAAGAUUAGGUUGAGUUAUCUUGUCCUCAAGUAGAAUUUUGUUUUCCUCUUUUUGGAAGGAGCCCUUUAGUUACAGUGACCACAUAUACAUAAAAUAUUGAUUUGUUUUAAAGAAUAGUAUUGUGAUAAUCCAGUCCCUUGAGACAGCUAUUAAGUUGAAUCCUCACUAACUCACUUUUGGAAAAUCUUUAGUGAAUAGUUUUCUUCCACAAACAGUUCUUUUACCAUUUCCUUGCCAUCUAACUUAAGUCCCUGAAUUUUCUUCCACCAUGGCUGGCUAUCUUUCAUACUAAUGUCUUUUGUUUCUACAGAUAUUCUAGACAUGGAAAUACCUUACACUGAAUUUGAGAUUUUGUGUCAGUUUCCCCUUCUUUAUGCCCGUUUCUCUACCCGUAGCAGCAAGUGACAACGCGCCUGUCCAGGUCCGCCCCUGCUCUCCCCAGGAUGCCAUUCACAUUGUUUGUCACCUCGACCACACUGUACAGUGACAUCUCAGAGGCCAUUCUCCAGUGGGUGGUUUUAGUCUUUUUAUAUGCCUUUUUCUCAAAGUCACUGAUGUCUGUCCCUGUUAAAUGUGUAACAAGAACCCAUCAAAUCCUGAGUGUCAGUUUGUUGUCCCUAUUGUAGAUGAAAUAGUGAUGUAGCAAAACCUAGUAACUUCUGAAUGCUAUUCCACAUAGACUUAUCUGGAAUGUGAACACGACUCUUGGAUUAAUAGUAAAUACUUAACUGUAGUCCCGAGUAGGUGCAUUUCUGUCCGUCUCAAUAAAUUUUCAUUUGUCUGCAA